AUGGCUAUGUGGGAUUCUCGUAUGGUGGCAAAUUUCAAGCUGAUGACUAAGUUACUGGUGGAGUCCUGUAAAAGAAUGGUGGAGAACAAAGAAUUCUUACGAUGGCUAGCUGCUGAGCAAUUCGACCUUGUUUUCACACAUAUGUAUGACAUCUGUCCUAUAGGCCUUAUUCAUCAUGUAAAAAUUCCUUCAUGGAUUUGGCUCAACAGGUACGUUUUUUCCGAAAGAAACUGAUU